AGCGCUGACUUCAUUCAGAGAGAGAGAGAUGGAAAGAACAGGGAAGGUAGUAGUGGAAAAGGUGGGAGGGAAAUCAACAGUGACAAGAUGCUUCUCUAAGUAUCCUCUCAAAUUCAUCGUUCCCUGUAAGGCGGGUCCUUGUAAAACUGAUUCCGUUUGGAUUUACUCCCUCACUUAUGGCGGUGGCAUCGUCUCUGGGGACUCUAUAUCAUGUGAAUUUGAAAUUGGAGAUGGAUGCACCACUGUUUUCACAACUCAAGCUUCCACUAAGGUCUACAAGUCUGUGGGAUCCAAAUGUUCUGCACAAUUCCUGGAGGUAACAGUUGGCAGCGAUGCUCUUUUGGCUAUCCUUCCAGAUCCAGUGACCUGUUUUUCAACUGCAAGAUACUCUCAAAAACAAGUAUUCAGAGUGCUUCUGGACUCCAAUUUGGUAAUUGUUGAUUGGUUUACCAGUGGGCGUCAUGAAAGCGGAGAGAAAUGGGAUUUUGAUCUCUAUAAGAGCACCAACAACAUAUUCUUGGAUGAUAAUCAGCCCUUAUUUCUAGAUACUGUAUUAUUGGAGCAACAAAGCAUUUCUCCUAUCACUGAACGCAUGAGGGGCUACCAAGUUAUUGCAAUGAUCAUACUCUUGGGGCCAAAGCUGAAGCAUAUUCAAAGUGAAGCUCAAGAAAAUGUGAAAAAGAUGAUGUCUGAGCAAUUGCACAUUCCUUUCACUGGCUUAAGUGGCUGCGCACAAUCAAAUUCUAGGCAUUUCACCAAACCAUCAUUUAUUGCAUCUUGCAGUGUCUUUGGUCCAAAGGGAAUAGGUGUUAUUGUCAGAGUAGCUGCCAUGACAACUGAAUCUGUAUACAAAUUCUUACAGCAUCAAUUGGUUGGCAUGGAGCCUCUGAUUGGGGUGUUGCCCUAUCAUUGAAAUGCUUGGCAAUCCUUUUCUCCGUGCAAAUUGUUAUUGCAGCUUCGUUACUGAUGCAUGGAACCAUUUCUUUCAGCCAUGAUGCUAUCUGUAGCUUCCUUCAAAGCAAUAAUUCGCAGAUUCCUUCAAGCAUAGCCUUUUCUAGGACAUGUUUCCUCAGAUAAGAAGUGUUUACCAUGUAACAUGUCAGAUGACUUGACUUGUGUUAAUAAAUGUUAGAGGCAAUUUUCUUCCUGAUC